AUGGCAAAAAGUAAGGGAAUAGUAAAGACUUCUGAUAAGGCUAUGGGAUCAUCCAUAAAAGCUAAAAAUAAUAAAAAAAAACAAGUAUUUAAAGCAUUAUUAGAAAAUCCAUUUACAUCAAAUAAUUGGCCAUUUAUACAACCAAAAGAUUCAGAAGAUAUAUUAACAAUAUUUAAAGUACUAAUAAAACCAUAUUUUGAAAAAGAAUCAUCAGAUACAAAAGAAAUUAAAAGUCCCAAUAAUGGAAUAUAUUUUGGAUUUAAUUCAAUUGUGGAAGCUUUAGAAAGACAAGCAGCUAAUUUUAGAGGUAAACAUAAAGAUUCAAUAGAACCAAUUAAAUAUGUAUUAGUCUGUAAGAAUGAUUUACCAUCUGUCAUGAUAGAAUUAUUACCAACUUUAUGUUUUACAGCUUCAAAAAAUAAAGAUGAUAGAGUUAAAUUAGUACAAUUACCAAAAGGAAGUAUGAAAGUAUUAUCAUAUUCUGUAAAUAAAUCAAAGUGUGGAAUCGUUGCAUUAAAUAAAAGAAAAGAGUUUGAAUCAUUGACUAGUCUAAUAGAUAAAAUUGAUGAUAUAGAUAUCCCAUGGUUAAAUGAACUAUUUAAUACUCCAACUCAAUUUUUUCCACCAAAAGUGUCAACUAAUAAUACUAACAAUAAUGUAAAGAUAUGA